AAAUUACAAAAUGUUUAAUUACACUGUAAAGAUAUGUCAGUUGUCGAAAAUAAAGAAGCGCCCGAGGUUUCUCGAAAUGACUUGAUUAAAAUCAUACAAAAAAGUCAAUUUUUCCGUGAUAUAUUUUUUGAGCAACCCGAUCCGAUGAGCAUUCAAUUUGGACACGUUUGUGAAAAUCCCAAUGAAUGGGAACAACGAUUCGAGCAGAGAGAUUUUGUUGAAAAUCAUCAUCAAGGAAAGAUGAGAUGGGGAAAUAAAAAUGGUGAUUACGGAGAACAUUAUUGGGAUUUCGGACACGCAGGUUGAUUAAAGGAAUUG